AUGAAGAUCCUGUUUGUUUGCAUUGGAAACUCUUGCCGUUCGCCGAUGGCCGAAAGUGUCAUGCGGAGUGUCGCAACAAAGCACGGAUUGACCGACUGGCAGAUCGAUAGUGCGGCGUUGCGCGAGUGGAACGUUGGCCGACGGCCGGAAGAGCGAGCCCUGGCGGUGUUGGCCGAGAAUGGACUCUCGUCCGACCACGUCGGACGGCAAAUCGUCCCGCAGGAUUUCGUCCACUUUGACCACAUUUUCGGCAUGGACGAGGGCAACGUAACCGACCUGCUGGCCCGGGCCCCGAGCGACUGUAGCGCAAAAAUAGAACUUCUCGGAAACUAUCGCUACAAGGAGCUCGACAAGAUCAUCUUCGAUCCGUACUUUGAACAUGGCAUCCACGGGUUCCGCCGAUGCUUCGAUCAGAUCGUGAUAUGUUGUGAGAACUUUGUGAAGUUGCACAAAUGAAUUGAAAUGCAUUCCUUCAGCGGUGACAAUGUGAUUAAACCA